AUGAAAACAACACAUAAUAAUUAUUUUAAAUUGCAAAUAAAAUAUUUAAGUAUUUAAUACAUUUAAUUUUUAUCAUAAUAAAAAAAAUCUUCUUUUCGAAUAACUAUAAUAAAAAGAAUAAUGUCAAUUUGGUUUUUGGCUCUGUUAUUAUUUUGUGUUGUAAAUGAAAUUUCCAGCGAUGACUCCAAUGAAACAAAACUUGAAAAUUUCUUAAAUAAGAUGUAUAAAUUAGCGCCCCAUGUAGAUUAUUACCAACAAGAUGUCUUAAGAUUGAUUAAAAUUGGAUUGUUUAACACAAAUUUAAAUGAUGAAGAGAUUGCAAAAAUGUUAAAAAAAGAAUGGCCCUUCAUAAGGUUAAAAAAACAUAUGGCCUUUACGACUUCGAUGCGAAGCUGAGAAGAUAUUAAUUUUACCAUGAUGUGUUUUUUUUUUUUUUUUGUUUGUCACUACUUUUUCUCAACUCUCACUGGACCGAUUUUUUUUAACAAUACGUCAAAAGAUCACAAAUUGUAUCUAGUUGAAGACAUUACCCUUAAAAAUUAAAAAAUUUUCCCUCGUUCCCCGCAAAUGGGAGAAAUAUCCAAAAAAAUUACAAAUUUAAAAAUCGAUAAAUUUUGUCAUUUUUUCCACUUUUUUUUCUUAAAACUUCCAUAACUUUUUCAAAAAUCAACAAAUCAACAUAACUUUUUUUUAAACUAAAACGUUAGAUAUUUCCCUUUCAUGUAAUAUCAUUUUUUUGAAAAUUUACCACUUAACCUGCUCAUGGGGGGGGAUUUAAAAUUACAACUUUUUUACAAAAACUAACUUUUUCAACUUAAUUUUUAAAAAUUGACACGGCCACGGCGUUGUCACACGUUGACACCCCGCGGUCGUGUCAGCUCCUUCUCAGCCACCGCUUAACUGUAAACCGGACCGUCACACACGCGUUAUCGCCGUGGUGUAAAGUCCAACAAAUGCCUAGCGUCGUAUACCCCGCCGCAAUAAUACGUCCAGUCAGUCAUCUCCGUGACACCACGACCGCAAGCUAUCUGUGAUAUCGAUACGUGAUCGUUUUUCCGAAUACCGAACAGUUUAGAAUCGCUACUUCGGCACCUCAUAAUCUACAUUUUAUUGUUAGUUUUCAUCAACUUAGUUUUAAGCAUUUUGUGCGUAUUCUAUUUGUUUUCCUGUGUUUCUUAAAAUCAAUAAACGGCUCGACGCCACUCUCUUCUUUCAACAUCAACCUG